GCCGCACGCACGGUGAGGACAGGGGCUGCCGCCGCCGCCGCCGCCGCCUCCCGCGUCCACUGCAGCGGGGGAGUGGGAAACCGAGCAAAGCCGCCGCUCGAGGGCGGAAAGCGGGGUCUGGAGGAGCUUCUGCCCGAAGAAUUGGAUCUGAAGAGUGAAUAAAAUGAAGCAGUUGUUCCAAAGUGUUUGACGAGCUGGGACUGCCUAUCUGUUCUAUUGCAGAUGACAGCAGUCACGCGACAAGAAGUGCUGGGCCUUUACCGCAGCAUAUUCCGGAUAGCCAAGAAAUGGCAGUCGGCAUCGGGACAGGCAGAAGAAACUAUUGCAGAGAGGGAGUACAUCAUAAAAGAAGCCAAAACAUUGUUCCGAAAAAACAAAGAUGUGACGGAUCCGAAGCUGAUUAAGCAGUGCAUAGAAGAGUGUGAGGCAAGAAUAGAAAUCGGACUUCACUACAACAUCCCCUACCCAAGACCUAUCCAUCUGCCUCCCAUGGGUCUUGCCCAGAAACAAGGCCGUAUGUUUCGACACCAGGAAAAGCUGAGGAAGAUUUCUAAGCCAAUAUACCUGAAAUCCCAUGAUGAAAUUUCAUAACCUGUCAUUCCAGCUGUGAUGCAGUGGGAUUGUAGUGCAGGUGGUUUGUGUGCACAGCUGUGAAUGAAACUGUUCUGGUCACUUGCUCCCACGUCCCCUGAGGCCUCACCAGAAAGCCAUGGAUGUGAUGCACACGAUGGCCAGGGCUGGGCUGGUAUUUGCUACAGUUCUGCCACCAACUCAUCAAUACAAGUGGCACUUGGCAAGGAGUGAGGUGUGAUACUUUGAUAUCAGGACAAAUUGCAACAGUUUUUCAAAUCGCCUUAAUCCAUAGCAGAGUUCUUUGGUGGUUUGAGGAUUACAUAUGCUCAGUUAUGAUCCAGGGCAAGGGUCAGCAAAAAGAAACAUGCUGGUUUCAUAGUACCUUUAUGGUGCUACAUAUUUUUUAGAGGGACAGUAGCAAAGGGACAACAGAAAUGCCACUGUUCAUUUUUUCUUUUUUUUUGCAAACUGCUCAGCAAUAGCCCAGAGCCUCUGUGUCAGCUCCUUUCUCCAAUUCUUUGGAGAGGAGGUUUAUGUGAAAUUCCAUGUUUGGAAUUCUGUUAUGGAACGAAGAGCAAAACGCUUUGGCGUUGGGUUCCUCACAUUCUCCUGUAAAAACUGACCGAAGACUUUCCCCUCAGGGGUAUCUCCACUGAUGAAGCUUAAGGUAGUUGUGGAAUCUGCAUUUUCACACGGUGAGCCUUCCAACAAAAUGAGCACCUCGGCCUUCUCAGCAGUUACUGCAGCGUUAGGUUUUAACUCAUACAUUAUGGACAGAAUCACAGCUUUAACUGUAAAAGAAACUCUCUCUCCAGUCUCCUAAAUGCAGGGAAUAUUUCCGUUUCCCAAGUGUCCUGUGAAUGGAAGUGCGAUGACAGCUCUUUUCCCCUGGCCCCAAUUGCUUUGGCUCCGUUGGAGCCCUCUGCUUCCCAGAUCUCUGCAGGCAAGUUGGCAAAGCCUUCCGUCCUUCAGGCUGGGAGUAGUGAUGAGGCCAAGUAGCCAGCAAGAGCCACGCUGUGCUGGGAGACAACAUGAGCACAGCCCAGGGCUGCUUUAAGGACAAAAGGCACAAGCUACGGCUGCUCCAGACAGAAGUUAGUGGUGGCAACAAAGAACAUUUGAACAAUGCAAUGUGUAUUAUUUUCUAUUAAUGUGGGCAAAACUCAAUGAAAUCUCAUUUUCUGAGCUCUCCAACUCAUCCUGAACUCUCCAAGUCCUAACAGAAAGAAGAUGACAAAGAGAUAUUCUUGUCUUAAAAAUAGGUUUAAACUGAUGACAUACGGAACAGAAUGAUGGUUCCCCCCCAAGAAUGUACUUAGAAAAAAAAUCAUUUCAGAGAAGUGAGAAGGUACAAGGAAACAAUGAGGAGAGCUGGUCAGUGUGAUGAGCACUGCCCAGCCCAACUUCUGACUGCCCUUAAUGGCUCCAGUACACAAAAGUGUCUCUUCCCAGAUCAUUAUUUCCUGGGAAUGCCUCAUGGGAGAAGAACCCUGCUUCAAACAUGUAGAAGCAUUGUUCUUUGUGUCCAUGGGGACUCUGCCGAUUCCUGCUGCCAGGAAAACACAAAACAAAACUCCCUUAGUCUUGAAAGUGGGGAAUGAUGGAAGUCAGAGACAGUAAGAAAUAACAUGAGUAUUCUUCAUCCUUCAGAAGCACUAUUCUCCUGUCCUUAGUUCUGAUAAACCAGUGUAGAGAGAUGUCAGCUGAGCAAACCAAAAUCACAGAAUCAUAGAAUCGCCAAGGCUGCAAAUGGUGUAGAGAGAAGGAUUUUGAAUGGAAGCUGAGGCUCAUUCUUCGUUGUGAAACUAUGGUGUGAAUGUCUUUAAUUUUAACAAUUCGUAUGGCUAAUGAAGGUCCUGAUGCUGUGACUUACCAGGCAAAUAAAUGGUCAUGUAAACAAGCA